AUGUGGUCCAAAGCCACAAAGAAGAAAAGGAAAGACCUUGUGAUCUCUGAAGUUGUGAACUCGGAAGAGGAGAGUGAUAAAAAUCAGACCUGUGGGCCACCAACAGCAAGGGAGCUGGACAGCCUGUACCAGAACCUGCACCCCUUGUACAGCUCAGAGGAGACUCGCCCACUCUACGUCUCCUGGACCCACGGCACAGGGCCGGCUGGAAGCAAACAGGGCCAACCCAGUAAGAUCACAGCGGCUGAUCCAGGGGCUGAGGCUCAGAGCAGAAGCACAAGGGCGUCACCUGAAAGUGAGUGGAACAUGAGAGCUGACCUCGCCCGCCAAUUGAAGUUCCCUCAAGAGAUCACUGCAUACUCCCUGCAGCAAGAUGUCAUGCUCUGGCUUCAAGCUGAGGAAGGCUCUCAAAGACCUUGGUGGAGGAGGCAGAACAAGGGAGCUUUCAAAAAGCUUUCAAAAGAAUCCACUUACAAAGUGAAGACUAUCACAUCAAUACUGCAUGAAGCCGUGACCAUGAAUGAAACGACAGAAGUAACCCAGGUGGUACCGCAUCAGACACCUGUCAAAGCUCUGCUGUCUAUACUGCCAUGUCUUCUCUUCCUAUAUGUAAAUGGAGUCAUGCUGUUUGCUUUGUUGAGAAAGCCUCUCUUACUGGAGUCCUCUCGCUAUAUCCUCUUUGGUCAUUUGCUAUUCACGGACUCUCUGCAGCUUCUAGUCACUAUGCUGCUGUACAUCUUUGCUGUGACCAUGGUCAGAAUGAUCAGUUAUGUUUGCAUUAUUUUCACGUUGCUUGCAGCCAUCGUUGUUAAAAUGUCACCCCUCAACCUCGCUGUGAUGUCUUUGGAGAGGUAUGUUGCCAUUUGUUUCCCGCUGAGGCAUGCCGAUAUUGCCACCACCAGGGCGACAGGCAUGGCCAUUGCUGUUAUGUGGACAGCGGCCUCGUUAGACUCGUUCACCCAGCUCUUCCUGUUUGUCAGUCUUGAGAACACAAGCUUCAUUGUGCCAAGGUUCUGCAUCAGAAACACUGUCUUCCAGCUACAGAUUUAUUCAACUUUGAACAGGGCCUUCACCAUUCUGUAUUUUGUAUUGGUCUCAUCAUUUUCCCUAGGUGCUUGAGCCCACUCAUAUAUGGCCUCAGAGAUCACACCUUCAGACCUGUCUUUAAAUACUAUUUCACCUUUGGCUUCAAAUCCUCUGUUAGGUCAUUUACUAACACUUAGUUUCAAAUACAUUAUGUUAUCCUUGUUAUUUAUCAUGCACAGUCAUGUUGAGUAGAAAUACCAGUUUAUAUUUGCAUUAGGCAAGUUUGAAGUCAGAAUUUACAAUGAUUUAAUUUCUUUUUUCUGUCAGAAUUUUUCCUUCAGAUGAUUACAGAUACUAUUCACUGAUAUGCCAAUUUUAAGUAUAACUCAGCAUUUAGUCUACUACAAUACUACUACAUACUACAAUAUAUACCUAUUAGAGCUGUAAAUUCUGAGAAUUACUGUCUUGUAUUUAUCUAUGUGGAGAUUUUCUGGUUACAAAGAAUUGCAGCAGCUUUUCAGUCACUUCUUUUCAUUUUGUAUAAAAAAAAUCCAUUGUAUAUCGCAUACAAGUCAGUUUCACCCUUAAUACUCAUUUUUGGUGAGAUUUAUGUUGUCGAAAAAAAAAGACAGUCAUCAAUACCUGUAGAUGAAGAUGGUUUCAAAAGUGUAUGAUUUACCAAAGGGUU